AUGGCAGACUCAUUCAACCUUCCGCUUCGGCCCGUUAUUCAGAACCGCGACCGUCCGGAUUCCCUGUCGAGGGACAUCGCUCAAAUCAACGCGCAAUGGGGUUCCUUUCGGGAGCUCAGCGAGGCGAGCUUGCGGGAAAAGAUCGAGGCGGACAAGAACAAGGAUCCUUGGGAGGAGGAAGAUGAGGUUGAAAAGGAGGCAGCUGACUUGGACACUUCGGAGCGCAUGGAGCAAUUGUAUAAACGCCGUGCGGAGAUCAUCCAGUUUGCCCUACAGGCUCAUAUGGAGGCUUCAUUUGCCCUAGACUUUGUUUCGCUCUUGCUAUCCAAAUACAACCCCCGCCAGGCCGAGACGUCCAUGUCCCCCUUCUUAAAGACCGCCGCGCCGCUCGGUUCCCUCAAUUCGGAGGUCAUCAACCCACCACCAAGACCGGAUACCGCGCUGAAAGACAUAAAGUCUGUUUCAAGGGGAUGGAGGCUCCAGAAUUUCAACAGCGCCGCUAGCAAGCUUCUCAACGCCGGCGCAAGACUAGACACUGAGGUGGAUGCGGAGAAGGAGUAUUGGGAUCAGGUUUUAGCAAUCAAAGAGAAGGGUUGGAAGGUGUGCAGGCUCCCUCGGGAUGGACAAGCGCUAGGAGUACAGUAUGGAUUCUUGGAAGGUGAGGCCUACUAUCUAUUGUCGGGGUGUCGCUAA